CCACCGCGACGCCGGGCCCCUGACGUCACCCGAUUCGCCAGGAAAUGAACUUUUUAAUAAUCCGAGGAGGGAGGAAAGCCCUCGGUCCCCUCGGCUCUGGGGGCUCCCGGCCAGGCCCAGCUCCGCGGGCGCGCCCCAGUCACCCUCUCCCAGGCCAGUUCCGGGCAGCGCCUGGGGGUGCGGGCUCGGGCCAGGGGCCUCCUGCCUCUGCCUCCGCUGUCCGAUCAUCUGUCCGAGGCCCUGGCUCAGGCGUAAAAUGCGAUCGCCGGAGCCCCGAGCCUGUCUUGCGUACCUGGAGCCUAGCGCGAGCUUAUCAAAGACACCGCGGCUCCGGGGACAAUCCCCGGCGUCGGGCAAGGCUGCGGGACCCAGCGCAGGACGCAGCCGGCCGCUUGCCGGCCCCGGGGCAUGAACGCCAGAGCCAAGCGGGAGCUUUCCGUGGGGCUGCGAUCCGCAAUUCGGCUCGCAGGGACGUGGCCACGCCAGGCCCUCGGGAAAACAGAUUAUCGGAGCCCUUUCAGAGCGCGCACAACAAAUGCGCCCGCCAUCGAAUGCAUCAUUUACCACCGCAGAUCCGCGCGCUGAUGGGCAGGCAGAUAGCCGUCCGCGGGGGGCACGCCGGGCGCCCUGUGCCCCGCCGCCAGCCCGCUUGCCCGCCUGCCGGGGGCACCCGCGUGUGAGCCCUCGGGUGUGCCCGGCAUGUUUGGAUGGACAUUCUCGCGUGUGCCAGCGUGGACGGGCACCGAACAAGAAAGGGCAUUGGAGUGCAUGCAGGGACCCAACAACAUGUAAUCCUCCACUGGAUCCUAGACCAGGACAGAAAUAGCUCUUAAAGGAUACUCCUGGGCCGCAGCUCUUUCAGUCCAAGAACCUAGUCCCUUUGUUUUGGUAAAACCACCUUUUUUGAACUGAAGACCUCUUAAGAAUUCUUUCUUGGACAUCAGCUCCGAGUCCACCACUUCAACCCAUACCAAAAGCAAGAAGAAAAACUAGGAGCUAAGGUAUUUCAUGCACGGGGUUUGUAAAGAAGGAGAUAACUGUCGCUAUUCGCAUGAUCUCUCUGACAGUCCUUAUGGUGUAGUGUGCAAGUAUUUUCAGCGAGGAUACUGUAUUUACAGAGACCGCUGCAGAUAUGAACAUAGCAAGCCAUUGAAACAGGAAGAAGUGACUGCUGCAGAUCUAACUGCAAAAUCAUCUCUUGCUGCUUCCUCAAGUCUCUCAUCGGGAGUUGGACCAGUUGUUGAAAUGAAUAUGGGCGAAGCAGAGUCCAGAAAUUCAAACUUUGCUACUGUCGGCGCAGGUUCAGAAGACUGGGUGAAUGCCAUUGAGUUUGUUCCCGGGCAGCCCUACUGUGGCCGUACUGCCCCUUCCUGCACUGAAGCACCCCCACAGGGCUCUGUGACCAAGGAAGAAUCCGAGAAAGAACAGACAGCAGUGGAAACCAAGAAGCAGCUUUGCCCCUAUGCUGCAGUGGGAGAGUACCGGUAUGGGGAGAACUGUGUAUAUCUCCACGGAGACUCGUGUGACAUGUGUGGGCUGCAGGUCCUCCAUCCAAUGGAUGCCGCGAGAUCACAACAUAUAAAAUCUUGCAUUGAGGCCCAUGAGAAGGACAUGGAGCUCUCAUUUGCUGUCCAGCGCAGUAAGGACAUGGUGUGUGGGAUCUGCAUGGAGGUGGUCUAUGAGAAAGCCAACCCCAGUGAGCGUCGCUUUGGGAUUCUCUCCAACUGCAACCACACUUACUGUCUCAGGUGUAUUCGCAAGUGGAGGAGUGCUAAGCAAUUUGAGAGCAAGAUCAUAAAGUCCUGCCCCGAAUGCCGGAUCACAUCUAACUUUGUCAUCCCAAGUGAGUACUGGGUGGAGGAGAAAGAAGAGAAGCAGAAACUCAUUCAGAAAUACAAGGAGGCAAUGAGCAACAAGGCGUAUUUUGAUGAAGGACGUGGGAGCUGCCCAUUUGGAGGGAACUGUUUUUACAAGCAUGUGUACCCUGAUGGCCGUAGAGAGGAGCCACAGAGACAGAAAGUGGUAACAUCAAGCAGAUACUGGGCCCAACGAAGGAACCACUUCUGGGAGCUCAUUGAGGAAAGAGAGAACAGCAACCCCUUUGACAACGAAGAAGAGGAGGUUGUCACCUUUGAGCUGAGUGAGAUGUUGCUUAUGCUUUUGGCUGCAGGUGGGGACUACGACCUGACAGACUCUGAAGACGAGUGGGACUUGUUUCAUGAUGAGCUGGAAGAUUUUUAUGACUUGGAUCUAUAGCAGCUUUGUGUGGCAUGUGAACUGGUCUGCUGAGCCUCAGACAGUAGCUGUCCCCUGUGCUGGUGUGGCAGUGCCCGUGUCUCUCCUAGGAAGGCCUAUCAACUCCAGGUGCUGUCGUGAUUAUUUUUACCCAGGGCCUGUCUUCUCAAUCCCUCACCUUCCCCCAAGGAGUGUGUCGUUUUUCUCUGUUUAAAAAAAAGUUACAAAAAUAAAAAAAUAAAUAAAUAAAGGAUACUCCUGAAACAAU